AUGGCUGCCAAACAGCAGGGCAAAAAGAAAGCCAGAGACACGAAGAGGAAGAAGAUCCAGAAGAGGCACCAACUAGCUAAGCGGAAGCAGAAGAAGCUGCAGCCCAGGAAGCAGAAGAAGCACCAGGCUCGUCCCAAACGCCGGGUCAAGCGGUCCUCGGCCGCCAAGUCGGAGAACAGCGGCCCAGAGAGGGUCUGCUCCCCGCGGCUCUUUGCCUCCAAGGCCCUUCGGCAGAUGCCCAAGGUGCGGAUGGAGGCCAAGGCCAGGAGCCUGAUGAAGACCUUGCUGACCGACGUCUACGACCAGGUGGCCACCGAGGUGGAGACCUUGAGCCAGAAGCACGAGCUGUCCGACAUCAGCGGGUCGGAUGUGCAAGCCGCCUUGAAGGAAGCCAUGACGAAGGAGCUGGCCAAGCACUCGGCCGAGCCUACCAGCACUGAAUGUGCUUAGAGGAACAUGCCUCCCUUCUCCCGCAGGGACCCAAAGGGAGAAGAACAAAGAUCGUAAAAAGUAUC